GUUGGCGAGUCUUUUAUUAGUUUUUGUCGACCAAAAUUUAAGACCAUAUCCUAUCCUUCCUUCAAAAUUCUAACACAAUCAACAACUAAAAGUGUUCCCUUUUUCUUUCUUUCUUUUUUUUUUCUUGCAUUGUAUGUGGCUUUGUAACCAAGCAUCGAGUUUGGUGUUUGUUGGCGUCACUCACUGUUUCAACCAACGAACGAACGAACGAACCACCCCAUUUGGUUUGUCUGCUUUUUUGAGUUGAGGGUGUCUUGCGGAUAGUGUGGAUUGAUCGGAAUGGCAGCAUCAGUGGGAGUGGGGGGUGAGAUAUGGAAGGCCCAUUUGGCGAUGGCGUUGGUUCAGCUAUUCAAUGGUGGCUACCAUGUCAUCACCAAAGUUGCCCUUAACGUUGGCGUCAACCAAUUAGUCUUCUGUGUCUUUCGAGAUCUCCUUGCCCUUUCAAUCCUCGCACCCCUUGCUUAUGUCCGUGAAAAACGGAUUCGACCACCCACUACAAAGAAAAUCCUGAUGUCAUUCUUCUUUCUUGGAUUAACUGGGAUAUUUGGCAACCAGCUCUUGUUUCUGAUUGGUUUAAGCUAUACUAAUCCAACUUAUGCUGCUGCCAUACAGCCAUCCAUUCCGGUCUUUACCUUUUUGUUGGCUGUAAUGAUGGGUACAGAAAGAGUGAACUUACUCAGAUACGAUGGUCUGGCAAAAGUUGGAGGAACUAUUAUCUGUGUUUCUGGUGCCAUAUUCAUGGUUUUAUAUCGUGGUCCAGCUUUGAUAGGAUAUGCAGAACUUGAUCACGCAAUACAAAAUGAAAUAAGUGCCAGAGGUCAGCCAGAACCAUCUGGAUGGUUAAUUGGUGGUUUACAGGAUCUUGGCUUAGACCAUUUUCAUGUUGGAGUUUUAUGCUUGAUAGGGAACUGCAUUUGCAUGGCUGCUUUUCUAGCCAUUCAGGCACCAGUAUUAAAAAAAUAUCCUGCAAACCUAACCGUCACUGCAUGUUCAUACUUCUUCGGAGCUUCUCUGAUGGUGACAUUGUCAUUGUUCAUGACGAAUGAAUCAACAGACUGGAGUUUGACGCAUUCAGAAAUACUUGCCGUUAUUUAUGCUGGAACUGUUGCAUCUGCCCUUAACUAUGGACUCAUUACAUGGUGCAACAAGAUCUUGGGGCCAGCUAUGGUUGCCCUUUACAAUCCGCUUCAACCUGCGUUCUCUGCUAUCCUGUCCCAAAUUUUCCUUGGAAGUCCAAUUUACUUGGGAAGCAUCAUAGGCGGAUCUUUUAUCAUCGCCGGUCUAUAUAUGGUUACUUGGGCAUCUUAUAGAGAAAGACAAGCAACUCUUGUUGUUGCUUCUCAUGGCUCUUGGGUCGCUGAACCACUUGUGCAUGAAAGAAGUCCACGCCAGAGAGGUAACAUUUUUUCAGGGUCCUCUGGGGUAUCCCCAAACCCAAAGUUAUCAGAUUAAGGAAAUGAGUUGUUGAAUGGAAACGCGUUGUAGAAAUUGGUCUCAUGAUUCUUAAAUUUGUUUCAAUUAUCAUUUUAGGUAAAUCUGUAUUUAAUCAUGUCAAUGUAUUUCAGGUUAAAAACUGUUCUUGAUCAUUCCAAUGUAUUUCUGGACAAACUGUCAGCGUGGUCAUGUUAUAUCUGAAUUUUGAAAUGCAGAUAUAUCUGAAUUUGGAGAGCAAUUUUAGAAUGCGA